CUCUCUCUCUCUCUCGCGCGCGCUCUCUCGCCGUCAUCGACGCUCUCCUUUACUCCUCCUCUCCCCACCCUCUCCUCCUUCCCGAUCUGACAGCUCCUGUCAAAACGGAACUCGCGGUGUGACCCAUCGUCUCGUGAGCGAUCUCUCGUCGCACGCUCUCCCUCUCUCCGUUUCCUCCCUCGUACCUGCCCCCGUCGGUGCGUUACACCUGUUUGGUUUGUGUACGCGAAAAGUGCAACAAAGUGCAGCCAGCCGGGCGAACGGAACGGACGGUUUCGGUGCCUUCCGUCUCGCUCACGUCCAUCUUACGCGUCGCGUUCGUUUCUUUGCCGUCGCCGCCGCUGCAUCGUCGGCGACGGCGGCGCGGAACGUAUACGUCCACUGCCACGCAGAGACCGAGAACGCCAGUCGCGGACCGCGAUGCGAUUCGCCUCCGCGUUUGUCCGAUGGUUAACGGUUUGCGGGCGCGUCGAUCUGUUUCAGAUUGGAUUUGGAUAGCAGCGAGGUGUGAGAUAAAGUCGCAAGCACUGUCAAUUACUUAAUACCAGGAAGGUAACGACUGCGUAGUUUGACAGAGUUUGAAUAUUCGUGAUUUCCCGUCGUGUUGACCGUCGCAACCAGCUGUCGGCUACGAGGAUGUCAGUAUUGAAUCAAAGCGGCGAGGAUGCGAUUGAGUGUCCUCUGUGUAUGGAACCUCUGGAGGUGGACGAUCUGAAUUUCUUCCCCUGCACCUGCGGAUAUCAGAUAUGCCGUUUUUGUUGGCACAGGAUUCGUACCGACGAGAACGGCCUCUGUCCCGCGUGUCGGAAGGCCUAUUCUGAAAAUCCGGCUGAUUUUAAACCCCUUACCAAGGAAGAAAUAGCAAGAUUAAAAGCUGAAAAGAGGUUGAAGGAUCAACAACGGAAGCAGAAAGUUACAGAAAAUCGGAAACAUCUAGCAAAUGUGAGAGUAGUACAAAAAAAUUUAGUGUUCGUAGUAGGAUUACCAAUGCGACUGGCAGACGCAGAUGUUUUAAAGAAACACGAAUAUUUUGGAAAAUUUGGGAAGAUACACAAAGUCGUAAUUAACCAGAGUACUUCCUACGCAGGGUCUCAAGGCCCCAGUGCUUCGGCUUAUGUUACUUACCAACGUCAAGAGGAUGCACUACGUGCUAUAGAGGCUGUGAAUAACAUUGUUGUGGACGGGCGGACAAUAAAGACGUCAUUGGGAACGACGAAGUACUGUUCGCAUUUCAUGCGUAAUCAAGCUUGUCCGAAGCCGGAUUGCAUGUACCUGCACGAUCUUGGGGACCAGGAGGCGUCGUUUACGAAGGAGGAGAUGCAUCAGGGGAAACAUCAGGAGUACGAGCGCAAGCUCGUGCAAUCGGUACAUGCAUCCUCAGUGCAACGGAAACCGACACCAUCACCACCUGUAACGGGCAAUAUCGUUAGGGAAAGUACUGUAAACUCACAAACUAAAGAAGCGUGGCCGUCGUUGCAACCGGGACAGACAAAUAGCUCACAGACCAGUUGUAAAGAGGUAUCACCACCUGUGCAAACAAGCUCGCAGCACAACGUGACGAGCGGAGGCGGGACGGUAGUUCAGCAGAGUCACGUAUCUUCCUCCGGGGUGCCCGUGCACCAGCAGAACAACAACAACAAGGGUGAAAGUGGUAUGGGUGUACGACGGGGUAAAAGUAACAGCGAAAGUAAGGCUCAGGCAGCUCGGAACAAGCAUAAAAAUAGUCAAAACAAAGAGAAGCACAGUACACGUACGACGUCGCGGUCCGAAUCGAGCUCGAUCAAUACGCAGAGUAGUUCGCAGUCGCAAAUCACCGGGCAGAAGGACGUUAGAAACUUUUCCGCCGAUGCGAACAGUGAUAUGUUGCAAAAAUUGGGUAACAAGUGCAAAAUAGAGCAACAGCAACAACAAUCACAGUCGCAGCCACAACAAAUUAGCAAAACAUCAAAAUUAGUUCAAUCGCAGCCUCACGAAGUUAAAGUAAACGGUGCGUUACAAAACGGGGAACGCCGGCAUUCGGACAGCGAAACGGAUCAGCAGCGCGAGGGUAGCACGCCGGCGAGCACGAUCUCGAGCACGGAAGACUCGAACGUAAAUCACCAAGCCGAACAUUUGGCUGAAUCGAGCGAGGAAAGCAAUGGCGCUGGUCUUUUAGGUUCGUCUCCAGCUAGCACAAAUUCAUCGCAAGGUGCCAAUCAACCACCACCACCGGGGCUACACAACGGAUCACAAAUGCAACUCAAUCACCGGUCGAUCUUUCAGACGGACAAUAACAGUUUCUUCAGUUCCAACACCUUCCAGAAAAUACCAACCACCACCUCAAUGCCAUCCAAUUCCCUCGCAGCGAACGCAAACCUGGAUUGGACGGGCACGGGAGUGGCUGCGAUACCCGAUUCAUUGCCAACGGUACAUUCUAGCGAGGAUUGGCAAGCGGCGUUCGGCUUCCAGCCGGAAUCGUCGCGGACGAAUCACGUUAUACCGAAGUCCAGCCCUGCCGAUUCGCCCAGGGUAACGUUCAACUCCGAGGGUUUCGUAGAUGAGGAAGUUUACAUAGGCGCACCACCGUACACCGCCACCAUCACCGAAUCAUCGCCUGGUACCUUCACGUCUAAUUUACUCGUAAAUUCACCCGCGUCUAAAUUUAUGGCAGACUUUCAACAAAAUUCACUACAGCAAAGGCUCAACAUGCAGGCUCAACAGAAUCAGGAAAAUUGUGAAUAUAUAAAGCAAAACGGUCACGCCACUAUGGAAGAAGUCCGGAAUCAUCGUGAUGCAGGCUCAGAUGUGAAACCCGACGACGAUUUAGGUUUCGAUCCUUUCCACGAGACGCAGAAAGCAUUAGCCGAACUAAUGGAGAACGAGCUGCAGAUACAGCAACAGAGGAUAUUCCAGCAACAGCAGCAGCAGCAGCAGCAGCAGCAGCAGAGAGAACGAGAAGAGCAGAGCAGGGUGCAGCAUCAGCAGACUCUCGCGAGUCUUAGCCAACAACAUUUUCCGCAAGUUGCGCACAUAGCACACUUGCAGCAGGCCCAGCACUUGCAAAAUCUCCAGGUGCUUCAGUCGCAUUCCCUCCUGACGCGUCUUCCACAAAAUUUGUUGCAAAGUGGCGCGCAGAGCCCGGCGCAGGGCACUGUCGCGGCGGCCAAUUUAGGACAACGCAGCCGCCUCCCGCCACCAGGAUUUCCCGGUUCCACGCCGAAUCACAUGAAUUCUUUCGGUCUCGGUAUACCACGGCCAGCACCAACGAACAGCGCUCUCUCUGGAACGCAACCACCUCAGCAAACUGCGUAUCUCCCAAAUGGAAGUCCGCUUCUCAACACGCAAACUAUCGGCAAGUGCGCGGGCGACACUAUGUACACCCUGAAGGAUUGGUGCGAGAUCAACAAUCAACAGCAGCAGCAGCAGCAGCAAUUCCAUCACCAGCCGUUGCACCAGAAGGGAGGAUGGAACAAUAAUUUCGGACCUAUCACAGAUUGGACUACGAUCGAUCCAGCCAUAGUUACCUCGUCUAGACCUCUUCCAUUCCAAACUACCAGCACGUGGCAGUUCCCCCACAUUCAUCCUCACGCCGUGACUCAUAAUGCGCAACAGGAACAAACCGCAUCCGCUCAGCACUGGGCGAUGCAACCACCUCCCGGCUUCGCCGCGCCCACGACCGCAGGGCAGUUGAGCAAUCCGCAGCAGAGCACAACCGCGCAGCCGCACACCAAGCUCAUCUCCACCGGAUCGGAAAUCGAGAGUAAGUUGGUCGCGAUCAAGCUCCGUGCAAACUGAAAAAAAAAGCAAAACAAAUUGACCUUAUGAUGUGUGCGCGGUAUCGAAAUAUAUAGGGCGUCUAUAUUGCAGACCUGUAAUUCUUAUGCGAGGCGAGCGAGUCGAGGCGUCAUAAUGUUUCCGGAGAACGUGGCAAGAUUAAAUCCUUGAAUGAAGAAAUGAAAUAAACAGACAGACAAACAAACAAAAAUUAUUCCGACAGUUGAUAACGUACGUGUUUUUCCCGACACCUCCAUAUCGUUUUAUUUGAAACCCACGAUUUAUUUGUGCGAGUUACUUACUCGAAUAAAAUAUCGGAAUGUGUAUAUAUAUAUAUAUAUACAUAUACACAUAUACAUAUGAAUUAAUUCGUAUUCUUCGGCGUGAAGAUCAUGCUCUGCACACUCCUCCUUUGCGAUAUUGAGUUUGAAUUAUACAGCGAAAUUAGAUUUUGGAAGGUCGACUACGUCAUCAUCACAAAGUUCAUGUAGGAUCUGACGUGCAUCAAACGAGCGAAUUGUUCCUCGGCUAAAGAACGAUCGAGUGAUUCAUGCAAACUGCGCAAACUUCCUUUCUGGGUCGCGAAUUGACACUGCUGAGAAAACAUAUUGAAGUGAGAAAAACGCGAUAUCGGUUGCAAGCUCCAGAUCGACGGAGAAGAAGAAAUGGAUUGAGUCAAACGUAACGAGAUUUUUUCAUAUUACUUGCUUCUUUCCGUCUCUUAAUCGUGUAAAAAAAGCCUGUUUUAAGCUAAACUUAAUUGCUUCGGCAAAGAAUUGUCAUCAGUUUUGUACCUCCAUUUAACGACAUCGUGUAUUGUUUUAUACUUUGCUAUUUUACGAUACUCUUUAUUUGAAAAAUGUGAUUCGUAUACGCGUUUUCCUACGACCUCGAAAGGCAAGAUUAUAUCUCUUUUUUUUUUUUAUCAUUAUCUUUAGUACAGAAGCGCAAUAAUUACAGUGAAAACGGCGUAGCGUUUUGUUAUCUUUGCAUGAUUUUUCUUUGAGCGUUUUCUUUGUCGAGACGCGAGGAAGUAUGAUACGUGGCGGAACCGCUGUCGAAAGAAGAGAAAAGCCUAGCUUAGGAUCUGCUAACUUAGUUUUUAUAAUUAUUUUAACGAAGAUACUCUCAGUUGUACCGUGAAUUGUAUCAAUCGAACACACACCCACACGUACACAGCAGCUGCAUACACACACACACACACGAUUCAGAUCAUAAAUUAUUCCGUAGUAACCGAAUGAUUAAGGAUACAUCUCCCAGCCUGAGUAAAGCUAUUGACGAUGACGACUGAGGAAAUUACGCAAACGGCUGUCCGUGAAAAUUAACGACGCGACAAUGUAUUUUAUUUACGGAGUGCGGAACGGAAAAAUACGGAGGGAAAUAAAAGAAAGAGACGUGAGCGAGGAAGGAAAAAUAUACAUUAACACACGAUGUACGAUAAACGUUGCGCGAGAGAAACGUCUGAGCGAUGUACCACGAAGUGUACAUACAUACGAUCGCGAUUUACGUCGAAUGACAGUUAUUCCCGUGGCAGACGGUUAAUUAAACGCGCGUCUGCUGCUCUGAGAGCGAAUAACGAAAGAACGUCACACAUAUAUAAGAGAACGAAUGAGAUAAUAAGAAAAAAAGUACUAUAUAAUUAUUAUGAAAUCUAAUUCAGUAAGAUAAUCGAGAAAUAUACGAAAUAUGC